AUGGAGGCCUCUAAACUUGGGUUUGGUGUGGUUAUCAGAAUGUCCGAUAAUGGUUCGGAUAGAAGAUGCAAUUUUAUGACAAUGAUAUGUGAAAGAAGUGGGAAAUAUAGAACUUCUCUCCAAAAAUUUAAAAGAGACGGCAUUGGGUCUAGAAAAUGUGACUAUCUGUUCAAGGUGCAUGGUUACAUGUUGGAAAAUAAAAACUGGAGAUUUAAUGUGAUAUGUUGUUUGUAUAACCAUGAUUUAUGUGAAAAAUUAGUCGGUCAUCCUAGUGUGUGUCGGCUCAUGCUGGAAGAGAAGGAAUAUGUUGCUGACAUGACCUUGAAUCUGGUUCAACUUAAAAAUAUACUUGUAACAUUGAAAUGGAAACGACCCAAAAAUAUAUCAAAUAUCAAGCAAGUGUAUAAGAUUUGGUACCGAACAUGUGAGGAUGGAGUUACUAUUAGAGAAAUAUUUUGGACUCAUCCUGAUUCCAUGAAGUUGUUCAACAUGUUUCAUACGGUGAUCAUACUUGAUUCAACCUACAAGACCAAGAAUUUUAGACUUCCAUUAUUGAAGAUGGUUGGUGUUACCUCAACUGAGAAGACAUAUGUUAUUGAGUUUUCAUUUCUUGAGUGUGAAAAGGAGGAAAACUUUACUUGGGCGUUAGAAGUGUGGCACACAUUGUUGAAGGAUCAAGGUGAGAUGCCUAAAGUGAUUGUUACCUACCACGAUACCACAUUGAUGAAUUUAGUUGCAAAGAAUGAAGAGGUGUAA